CGCGACAUGGAAGGGGGGGAAAUACACAUAAAACUCAAGAACCCUUCAGAAAGGAGAAAUAUAUAAACACCUCUACCCUUGGCUUCUUUUUAGAUCUGUAAUUCUAAUUUCCCAUGCAGGACCAGGGCAAUAAUGGGUGGAAGGCCGUUCCUCAAUUCGGAGAGUGGGAAUCGAAAGGGGGUGCUAGUCCAAGCCGUUCUACGUACACCACCAUCUUCUCGGAAGCUCGGGCCAAGAGGAAGAUGAUGAAGGGUGAUCUCAGGCACAAUUCCAGCUUGGGAGACUUGGGAGACGAGUCCAUCGACCUCACCCCUACACCUCGUCUACAUGAACACCAUCGUCACCCUACCGAUGAGUCCGUGAAGAGGAGGACUAUAUUGACCUACAUUAAUUGUUGUAUAAGGCCAUGAAAAUGGUAGAUUCCAGGACAAGCAAUCAGAAUCAACCGAACUAAUGCGGGUCUCUCCGGAUUGGCAGAUUUCCAGACCAGAUUCUUCCUUGUAUAUACAAUGUAAGGUCCUCGUGUAAUAUAAAUCUUACUUCUAUAGUAAUUUGUCUUCUCCUUGUUGAAGAUUUCAACAAGGAAGAUCUGAAGCAAGACAUAUCAAAAGGAGAUCGAACCUUUGUACAGCGAACAAAGAUCUAUUGAUGCU